CCAUGGAUAGAUAGUAAACAAAACCGAGGUGGGAAAAUUGAAUUCUGUAUACAUGUUCGUAUGUAUUGGAAGAAACUCAACAACAUGAAAAUCGUCACCUUUAUAUCUGACAGCAGUAGUGGGAUUUUGUGAUGAAUUCGUGGACGAUCCCUGCCGAUCCUGGAUUACAAACAAGACAUCCAAACACGGAUGUUGCACGAGAAGCAGAUAGUAAGCCUCUGAAACCAAGAAUAAGACCGGAAGCAAUGAUGAAUGCAAUAAAAAACCAGGGAACAAUAGCUCAACUCUUCAAUCCUUGCUUGAAACCACCGACGUUACGUGCAAGUAGCAGAUCAGGCAAGCAUGAAUCGAAGCGAGAUUUUGUGAAAGAAAAUUCAAGACAAAUAAAGAACAUUCAAAGAUCAAACAGGCUCUGUGAAUCAGAAAGGGAGCCUUUUAAAGUCGCUCAUAAAUCAGAAAAGUCUAAAGAUGUUAAAUCAAAAGAUAAAUCCAUUGAAGUUCAGGAUACACCUCAUGCUCCAAGAACUCGGGCUCCAAGAAUGCAAGUUUGUCGGCGCUCAAGAUCUGCAUCGCCUUCGGUAUCUCGUGUGACAUCCACAAAACCUUCAACUCCACAUGCUAAUGUUCAUGAAAAUAAAUUGGAAACAGAAAUCCCCAAGGAAAAGUCAAAGGUAGCAAAAGUCAAUCAUAUUUCGAAAAACAUUCGACAAAUCACUUCCUCACCAGUACUCCGUCGUCGUCCUCCGUCUGCUGUGGCAGUUGAAGAGCUGGAGCGAAAAAGAGCCGAAAAUGAAAAGAAGUAUAAACGUGGCGAAGUACCAAGCUAUUUGCGCAAACGACAGGAGCAAUGGAGAACUGAUGAGGAAGAAAGAAUAAAAAAUAUACCAGAUCCCAGCAUACCACCGGGGCACACUCUAAUGCCACGGAAUGAACGACUGCAAACUUUGGAUCUUCUGAAAAAAAAGCAACAAGAAUGGACAAUUGAACUGAAUUCACUCCCUGUAAGUUGUGAUACCCUACGUAUAAAACAGAGAAAGGUUGAAAUCGAGACUAAACUACGUGAAAUUGAAAACGCUUUGAAAGUUUUUUCGAGACCUAAAGUGUUCGUGAAGAUUGAUUCAACAUUCUGAAGAGAAGCUAAAGAACUUUGUGAAGAGAAGUUAAAGAAUUUUGUGAAGAGAAGUUAAAGAACUUUGUGAAGAGAAGUUAAAGAAUUUUGUGAAGAGAAGUUAAAGAAUUUUGUGAAGAGAAGUUAAAGAAUUUUGUGAAGAGAAGCUAAAGAACUUUGUGAAGAGAAGUUAAAGAACUUUGUGAAGAGAAGUUAAAGAAUUUUGUGAAGAGAAGUUAAAGAACUUUGUGAAGAGAAGUUAAAGAAUUUUGUGAAGAGAAGUUUUCUAUUUGUUUUCUUUUACAAUGAAGAUUUUGUUAUUUUAUAUAUCAAUCACAAAGCAAUGUCUUGUUCCUGUGCAAAUUAUAGAUCUGUACAGAAGCAAGUCUUGAGACUAGGAUUUUGAUACUCGCUAGAUUGUACCAAUUUAUAGCAUGAUGUGAAGCUUAGUCAAUCCAGUGUCAAAGCAACAUAUAUCGUGCCAAAGCCAUACCAUAGAAUCGUGGUAUGUGGAAAGAUGAUUUAUUGAUUACGUUUCGUCUUUAACUUGAUACAUCUUUCUAUACACUUACAUAUAGAUGCGGAAGGCUAUGUAUAAUUAUUUUGCUGAUAUUUAUGUAAGUGUAUAUAAAGAUACUGAAGCUUGAUCACUGCAGUGUGAUGGCGACAUAAUGGUUCAACGAUGCAAACAUAACGAGAAAAAACAAUUUUUUCCCUAACAUCGUAAUGUUGUAAGGUAAUUUUGAACAUUACAUCACAACAAUGAUAAUACAUGUAUAUAUUUUUUGAUAGCAACUUAAAAAAGUAAUUUUUGUCUCUGUUGAAAUUACAAAAAUUCAUGUACAUAACAAUAGUUGUCAAAAAUUAAGAUGAAAAUUCAGAACACUAGAUGGAAUUGAUGUAUUUAAGUUGUUGACUUUCUAUUCCUGACACAAGGAAAUUGAUCUUAGUCACUCUUGUCUGAAUUCGAAGGCUGUGUUGAUCGUGGAAAUUAUUACUUAAACUUAGACAACAAUAUAUUGAUUUGUAUAAAUUA